CACGGCAGCUGCGUCAGCUGUUGCCUUUCUAACAUCCCUCUCUCUCAGGACUCCCCCUCUCCCUCUCUCUCUCUCUCUCUCUCUCUCUCUCUCUCUCUGUUUCUCUGUUUAUCUCUCUCUGUCUCUCCAUCGGAAAAUAAUAACCCAGCGCGUGCAGGUGAGGCGAAUUUUCCUUUGGCAAAAAUGGCUGCACAGGAGGUGCAGCCUAGCGAGACCAUAGCCAAGCUGAAAUCGGAGUCGGAGGCGCUGAAGACCAAGCUGGAGGAGGAGAGAGCCAAACUGCACGAUGUGGAGCUGCACCAAGUGGCAGAAAAGGUGGAUCCCCUGGGGCAGUUCGUCAUGAAGACGAGGAGAACCCUGAAGGGUCACGGGAACAAAGUGCUCUGCAUGGACUGGUGUAAAGACAAGAGGAGGAUUGUGAGCUCCUCUCAGGAUGGAAAAGUGAUUGUAUGGGAUGCAUUUACAACCAACAAGGAACAUGCAGUGACCAUGCCGUGCACAUGGGUGAUGGCCUGUGCGUACGCCCCAUCUGGGUGUGCAGUAGCCUGUGGUGGUCUUGACAACAAGUGUUCAGUUUACCCAUUAUCCCUGGACAAGAACGAAAACCUGGCAGCUAAGAAGAAGUCAGUGGCCAUGCACACCAAUUACCUGUCUGCCUGCAGCUUCACCAACUCAGACAUGCAGAUUCUGACAUCGAGUGGUGAUGGAACCUGUGCACUGUGGGAUGUGGAGAGUGGGCAGCUGCUGCAGAGUUUUCAUGGUCAUGCAGCUGAUGUACUCUGCCUGGACCUUGCCCCCUCUGAGACCGGCAACACCUUUGUCUCUGGGGGCUGUGAUAAGAAGGCGAAUGUAUGGGACAUGCGCUCGGGGCAGUGCAUCCAGUCAUUUGAGACACAUGAGUCAGAUAUUAACAGCGUGCGAUACUAUCCUAGUGGGGAUGCCUUUGCCUCUGGCUCUGAUGAUGCUACUUGUCGUCUCUAUGACCUGAGGGCAGACAGAGAAGUGGCAAUCUAUUCCAAGGAGAGCAUCAUAUUUGGGGCUUCCAGUGUAGACUUCUCUCUCAGUGGCCGGCUGCUGUUUGGUGGCUACAAUGACUACACCAUCAACGUUUGGGAUGUUCUGAAAGGAACUCGUGUGUCCAUUUUAUUUGGACAUGAGAACCGAGUCAGUACACUCCGUGUUUCUCCAGAUGGGACAGCGUUCUGCUCAGGGUCGUGGGACCACACUUUACGGGUUUGGGCCUGAGGACUGAUAAUCAGGUGAAGUGUGUUAACUGCGAGGUGCUGUCUGGCUUCAUCAUCAACAUCAAGAUUCACUACAACAUCUAGAAACUCGUGGCGUGUGGGAUUAAAAAGAAAUGCACAGUAGAGUAGAACAGGGUCGAGAAGGACAGUAGUUUAUACUCAGACAUACAGACCAGAGCACAAGCCUGUUUGCUUAUUUUGUUAAAAAUAUACAGGAUCAUAAGCAGGUUUUUGGCCUAAAGCACUGUACAUACAACAUCUACAGUAUAUGACCCUCUGUCCUGGUUCAUUUAUACCAACAUUUCUGUAAUAAAAGCUGGUCCUCUCCUUGCAAACUCCUGUAUUCACCCAUUACAUCUUAUGAUCUUGUUCAGGGCAUCCGACUGAAUAAACCCAUAUUCUGUAGAUAUACAAUAUAACUCAGUUAACAUAUCUAAACUGAAUCUUUGUUCUUUGUUAAUUCAGUCUUAAGGCUGAAUGCUGAAGGCUGUUUGUAGGAGGCUGGUGUACUGAGUUGAAACUCAAAUGAUUUAUAGUUUCAGAGUCUAUUUGACUAGCAAAUCAGCCAGCUGAAAUAACAGAGGGAUUUUUGUGCUGAUUGCUACUCUAAUAUGCAGACAAUCCAUACUCAGUUGAAAUUCUAUAAUAUCAUGUGCUCUCUGGUAUUUAUAUAUAGGUCUGAUGGUAAUAUUUGCACUAUAGUAACAGUUACUACUGUAGCGGAGUGUAUAUAUCAUAAUAACUGUCCACUAUAAUAGUAUCAUCCAAAAUAAAUGAGUUUUACAAAUGA